GUAACCACCGGCUGUAUUCACCAGACAGUGAUUUAUAUACGACUACAUGAUCGUCCUAUUUCACCGACUGGCACUGAGCUGCUGUUCAAAUACAAUCAAACUUUAUUUAACAAGCGUUUACGAUACAUAAUACAAGGAAAUAAUAAUAUAUUUAAUCUGUCUGUCGUUCCGUCUGUUUCAGAGCUCCUUGGUUCUGCUAAGAGGGUUAACGUCAACUUCCAGGAUACAGACGGGUUUGCUCCGCUGCACCAUGCUGCUCUCAGUGGGAACCUGGAGCUCAUCUCUCUGCUGUUGGAGUCACAAGCCGCCGUGGACAUCAGGGACCAGAAGGGGAUGCGUCCACUGCACUACGCGGCGUGGCAGGGGAAGGCGGAGCCUAUGAAGAUGCUGCUGAAGUCUGGUUCGUCGGUCAACGGCCAAUCAGACGAGGGACAGAUCCCUCUGCACCUAUCGGCGCAGCACGGACACUACGACGUGUCUGAGAUGUUGCUCCAGCAUCAGUCUAAUCCGUGUAUAGUGGACAACGCAGGAAAGACUCCUCUCGAUCUGGCCUGUGAGUUCGGCAGGGUCGGG